AUGUGCACCGCUUCUAUCCUUAACCUCUGCGUCAUCUCCUUGGACAGGUACCUGGCAGUGACCCGACCAGUCACCUACCCCAGCAUCAUGUCGAUGAGGAAAGCCAAGCUGCUCAUCGCCAUGGUUUGGGUCUUCAGCUUCUUUAUCUGUCUGCCCCCGCUACUGGGGUGGAGGGAUGUCGAAAAACCUGAAGAUGCCGAACCUCCUUGCCCUUGGAGGUGUGAACUCACCAAAGACCAGGGCUAUGUUCUGUAUUCUGCUCUUGGUUCAUUCUUCAUCCCUAUGUUUGUUAUGCUAUUCUUUUACUGGAGGAUUUACAUAGCUGCAAUUCAAACUACGAAGGCUAUCAAUCAAGGUUUCAGGACUACGAAAGGUUCCCGCACCCUAGGAAAUAGGUUCGACGAGCAGAGACUGACUCUAAGGAUACACAGAGGAAGGGGGAGUGUUAUGCAGGGGAGUAGUGGUAGUAAUUCGACAACGACAACCAAUAGUGCCGCCAACAGUGUUGUAAACAGCACUACGAACUCUCCGGGUGGAGGCAAGUCUCCGAGGAGGGAGAGGAGGCACGAGAGAAUCAAAAUCAGCGUUAGCUAUCCGUCCAGUGAUGCCAUAUCUUCAGUUGUCAACAACAAUAGCACUGCUGAGAAAUCACCUCCUUCACCAACUGGGACAUUGUACGCAGUCCAUUGUGAAGGGGGUGCAGAAGGUUGUGCCUUAUUCCGAAAGGAUACCUUGAGAGUGAGUCCAAACCGGAGAGGUCGGCGAUCUAACAGUGAUGCAGCCCCGGCAAGGCCGAGGCUGCUCGGGGACCCGCUGUCUUCCUCACUGCACAAAGAUCUGUCUCCAUCUCCAACGUACGAGGAGAACAACAAACCCAAACUGAUCUCCAGAAUGGGCAAGAGGAAUAUAAAAGCCCAGGUUAAGAGGUUCAGAAUGGAAACGAAAGCAGCCAAGACAUUGGGCAUCAUUGUAGGGGGGUUCAUAUUAUGUUGGCUUCCAUUCUUCACUAUGUACUUAGUCAGAGCAUUUUGUAAUUACGACUGCAUCCAUCCCACUGUUUUCUCUGCAUUCUUCUGGUUAGGAUAUUGCAAUUCUGCAAUUAAUCCUUGUAUAUACGCCCUGUUCAGUAAAGACUUCAGGUUCGCCUUCAAGAGGAUCAUCUGCAGGUGCUUGUGCUCGAAACAACCGAGGAGUCGAGGAUCUUCGAGGUACCGACGGCGCGGCUCGGACGGCUCGGCGCUGGGGAUACGCCGCGGGGAACAGGGCCGCUCAGGAAGCCUCAACAACAACGAUCAUGGACAGCACCAAAGCGACAGCGACCCCAACAAUGACGUUGAAUGCAGGUGA